AAGAAGAAGCACGUACACCCAGGAAGUAGAAGAAGCGGGACAUUGAAAAACGUAAACAACCUUUUUGCUGGCGCGCGGUUGGAACAUUUGCUCAAAAUGUUGAACAAGGCACCAAAACUGAAAUCUAUCAUUAAAACGAAAACGAAGAGUAAUAUCAACGUGAAACCAACAUCGGAAGCGAUGAUAGAACUACUGACAUUGUUGUUUCUGAGCAACCUGGCAGAGGAGGCCAAGACCAACGCGUUUGAAGAAAAAUCUGCUAGGAUCAGAGCUCAUAACGUGAAAGCUGUCUCCAAGAAAAUGCUGAAAAAGGCAAGAGGAUGAAGAGUGGAAUUAAUCACUGUAAUUUGUAUGACAUUUUAUGUCAUUUUAAUUUUUAACAAACAUUGCAAAUGUCAUUGUGAAUGAUAUUUCCAAUAUUUGUUUUAUUCUGAAUUUAAUUUUUGAAUCUUUUUAUCUUGUGCAAGCAAAUGUUUUGACUUUAUAUUCUUUAUUAAAUGUUUGUGAAUGUUA